AUGGGUGGUCUAGGCUUGAUGAACAUGGGACUAUGGAAUAAAGCUGCAAUAAGUAAAGCUAGUUGGGAUAUAGAACACAAAAGUGACAGGCUAUGGAUUAGAUGGCUACAUGCAUACUAUAUCAAGAAUCAACAAUUUGAUCAAAUGGCUAUCCCUCAACAAGCUGGAUGGAUGGUAAAGAAAUUGUUUGAGGCAAGAAGCUCAUUGCCACUGAUACAAGUCAACAUUGCAAGGAGUGUAAUCAAGCAGAUCUAUUAUCAACUUCUGGGAAACAAUGCAAAAAUUUCAUGGAAAACAUUGAGGUUUGGUAAUAAUGCUCGACCAAAAGCACAAUUCAUAGUAUGGUUACAAAUGCAGGGCAGGCUCCUAACUGUGGAUAGAAUUGUUUCCUGGGGUGUAAGUGUGGAUCAUGACUGCAAACUGUGCAAUAGUCAAAGUGAAACAAGAGACCAUCUCUUCAAGGAAUGUCCUUAUUCUAUCAAAGUCUGGGAGGAGGUACUAAAAUGGAUGCAGGUUCCAAGUUUCAGAACAACACAAUGGGAACUACUGGAAAAGUGGAUCGUCCAAAGAGCAAAGGGUAAAUCGCAGAAAGCCGAGGUAUUCAAGAUGGCCUAUACAGAAUGGGUGCAUGCAAUAUGGAUUGAAAGAAAUCAACGCAGAUUCGAAAUGAGAUCAAGGAAGGCAGAACAAUUAGUGAAGGAAAUAGCAUACGUGUGUAAUGUCCGAGCUCCUGCUAGAAUUAAAGAAAUAGUUCAACAGUUUUGUAUUUAG